AUCACACCUUAUUAUUGAUAUAAUUACUUUGAACUCAAAUCGUAUGUCCCACCAGAAUUCUUUGAGCCAUUGAUGGGUUUCUGUGAUGGGCUGAGUGUUUCCAUUAUGAAUGAAUGAUCUGUUUUUGUAUCCGUUAUGAUUGAAUUCUCUGUUUUGGUAUCUGUGAUUGAAUGAUUGGUUUUUGCUUCCAUUAUGCAGUUUAUGAUUAUUUCAUAUUGAAUUUGGUGGUGAUUGCUUGAUAAGCUUGAAGGAUUUGCUUCUCAUAUGCAGUUUAUUAUCUGUUUUAUAUACAUGGAAGAAGGAUAACUUUUCAAUGUCAAAUUGCUUAUUUUUAUUGUAGAUAUUUGAGUUUACAAACAAACUGUGCAUUCAAUUCCCUGAAGGAUUGUUGUAUAUUAUUUGCAAAUUGCAUUCAUCUCAUUUUUGUGCUUCUCUCUACAGCUUUUCCUUGUACUGAAUCAUGAAUAUUAGAGUAGGAGGACAGUGUUGGUUUUGAAAGAUAACUGAAUGAAUGCAUGGAUUGGAGGGACGCAACCUUUUUGUAUAUCUAAUUUCCGAAUGUAUAAUUUUGUUGUGCAGGGAUUUGAAGAUUAAGUUCAAAUGUAAAGCUCAUGAUUGUGGAGAAGAACAAGUUUCAAGGAAAGGCAUUGUCCCUGUCAUACACAAAGACCGCCAUUACUGCAAUUAAGGAGAAGUUCAGUUCAGAGCAGUUGGAAAGGUUUAAGGGGAGUUGUUUUGGUCAUCUAUUACUCAUUCGAAAAAAUGACACCACAAAACCUCCUGGUCCUUCCUCUUUCAACCCCUAAAUUAAGCAUCGGAUGCCCAAUACUGGACGGCUGCUUGGGUGGCGGCAUACCCUGCAACUCCAUAACAGAAUUGGUGGGGGAGAGCGGUUCUGGAAAGACGCAAGUUUGUCUCCAACUAACAGUAAGAGCUCAGCUCCCACCCUCACAUGGUGGACUAGGAGGGUCCUCCCUCUACAUACACACAGAAUUCAGCUUCCCAUUUCGUCGACUGCAGCAACUAGCCAACCAUUAUCAGGCAUCACACCCUAACUUGAUAGGGUUGAACCCAUUGGAAGACAUAUAUGUUCAUGCCGUUCAUGAUGCACAACAAAUGGUCCAUGUGCUUCGAGACAUAGAAGCAUUUAUGGGCAUUGGUCACACCCGGUUACCUGUAAAGCUCAUUGUCAUUGAUUCCAUUGCUGCACUGUUUGGGUCACAAUAUGACCGAACACCCGCUGAUUUGAAACGCAGAUCUGAAAUGUUUUUCAAGGUUUCCGGGAAAUUAAAGGCUUUGGCAAAUAAGUUUGGGGUGGCUGUGGUUUUGACCAACCAGGUGGUGGAUUUCAUUGGGUCAGCUGAUGGAAUAGAUGGGGUGAGAUUGGGAAACUUGGAGUGCUUACAUACAUCAGCCAGACGAGUUAGUCCAGCUUUGGGACUGGCUUGGGCACAUUGCGUCAAUUCAAGGGUGUUCUUGUCAAGGCAUGAGGAAUCUGUUGGGGUUAACAGUCCUUAUGCACAUUCAACAAGUAUAUCCAGUCAAACACGAAGGAGACUUACUGUUGUUUUUGCCCCACAUUUGGCCCCUGCAUCGUCUCAAUUUGUAAUCACAAAAGAAGGUGUAGUUGGAGUAUCGACGGUAUUUGGCUAAUAAUUGCAUUGCGAGGACUUGUGUUGGGGAUAAAAUAUAUGGAAAAUAAUGAGCUGUUCCAAAUCUCCUGCCUUCCCUACACAGAGCACACAACCCAAGAAAAUCUAGCACUCCCACCAACUCCAUCUCAAGAUGGUCGUGAUCUCAGUUGCAGGCCAAAAUCUGGGCAGAAGCACAAGGCAUCAAUACCUUCAUCCAAUAUCACUUUUGGUGAAAUUGAUGAUGAAAACCCAAAGGGCAAUAAGAAGAUCAUGCAUAGAGAUAUUGAACGGCAAAGAAGACAAGAAAUGGCCACCCUUUAUGCAUCUCUUCGAUCACAACUCCCCCUCGAAUAUCUCAAGGUGAGUGAUGGGAGAAGCAUUGAUACGUCUGAGCUCCAACAGAGAUUGACAAAAACUUAUGAUCAGCCAGCUGACUUCAAAUAAGGUGCUGGGAGAACUGAUAUCCUUUGUAAAAGUUUGGUGUGAUGAAUUUAUAUACCUGUAGAUAUUCGACCUUCCAGGCACUUAAUGUGGCCUGGUAUUGAAAUGUGGCUGAGAGUUUUGCAAAAGCUGUUGAAUAUAACAUGUCCCUGUAUAUAUGUGAAAUUUGUGUUUUAUUAAGGUUUUUUGGUUUUGAGAUUGGAAACUGUAACUUUCUUGAUGGUAUCAGUUUCUUUCUUUCAGCUCCAUGAUCAAUCAUACCAUCAUGUUCUCUCGUUAUAUCACAAGUAUAUUUAAGGUGAUAAAUGACAAAAAUGAGUUAGGUUAAACGUCAGUCAAAAAGCAGGGCUUGGACAAUGAAUA